GUUCAUGACAACCAUUACGUGUUCGAGCGACUGAACAGGUUAAUUUAACCUUACCGCACCAUGCUGUGGACGUCAUUCAAGCAUUCUUAUGGGAGUGUUCAUUUAUACUAGAGCAAACAAGAAGCACAACGAUAAGCGAUGCGGGAAUCGUUCUUCAAAAGUAUUUUCAUUUUGUCCAUUUGGAGCGAGAUUUCAAUCAUGUGCGUGCAUUGUCGAAGCUCUUCUAGAAUUCCUGAUGAAUUGAAGAUAGCUGGGCAGAUAAAGCUCUGUUUGAGGACAUGUAACCUCAGCUGGCAAGAAAACGAAACGGAAAUAUCAAGUAAAGAGUCACACGGACGUCAUCAGUGUUGUUACGACAAAUGUCGAGUUUUUGUAUUGAAGAAUUUUCUUCGUCCCCGUGUGAAUAACCUGAAACAAUCGCGCGACCAGCAGACGAAGCCACCUUUCAAGAGGCAAAAACGAGAAAGCUCCCUGAGCCACCUAGAAGACAGCUCUGAUAACGAUUGCAAUUUGGGGAAUACAACGAGUUCCACUUUGAUAAAGCCUAACAUGAAGUUAGUGAGAUUCCAGGAACUUAACAACACAGGAACAUACAUGUUGAACGUGACGUGGAUACCUUUGCAAGAUGACAAUCUCAUCUGGGAUGGAUACAUGGUGAUUUACAAAGUUGCAAAGGAAAUCUUCAAAUGCGUGAACUUGGAUAAGGUUUUUGCCCGGCCAUUCACUAGUGACAACCCUGCGGAUUUUGACAUAGGUUAG